AUGAAUUUUUGUAGAGUUAUUUUAUCAUCAUCUAAACAAACUUUUAUUGAUUCAUUUUGGUCAAAAAACUAUAUAUUUUCAAGGUCAAUUUCUUCCGAGAAAUUACGAAAAUCAACAAAUCUAAAUUUGGAUGAAUGGGAGGCAAUAAUUGGUCUGGAAAUACAUGCACAAAUUAAUUCGAAAACAAAACUUUUUUCCUCAUCUUCUACACUAUUCAAUGAACCUGUUAACACCAAUAUUUCAUUGAUCGAUGCUGCAUUUCCAGGAACAAUUCCGAGAUUGAAUUCCAAGUGUGUUGAUCAUGCAAUAGCUACAUCUUUAUCAUUAUCAGGAAAUGUUCAAUUGGUUUCUUUUUUUGAUAGAAAACAUUAUUUUUAUCCUGAUUUGCCUGCUGGUUAUCAAAUCACUCAGCAUUAUGCACCAAUCUCUAUUGGUGGAAAAAUUUGUUUGUCAAAAUUGGAUGGUCUUGAGUAUGAUGCUCAAAUAAGAAUCAAACAAAUACAAUUAGAACAGGAUACUGGAAAAAGUACCCAUGAUGUUAUGACAUUGGUUGAUUUAAAUAGAGCUGGAGUAGGAUUAAUGGAAAUAGUAACAGAACCAGAUAUAAGGACAUCAAAAGAAGCAGGAUUGGCAUUAAGAAAAUUACAACUGUUGCUUAGAACAAUUGGAUCUUCUGAUGGGAAUAUGGAAGAGGGAUCCUUAAGAUGUGAUGUUAAUGUUUCUGUUCAUAAACAUGGAACACCAUUUGGCACAAGGUGUGAAAUUAAAAAUUUGAACAGUGUAAAGUUUUUAAUGUUAGCAAUAGAUGCAGAAAUAUAUAGACAAAUCCAAGAAUUAAUCAAAGGAAAUUCAAUUAUUCAGGAAACAAGAGGCUAUGAUGUUCCAGCUAAUAAAACUUUUAAAUUAAGAACCAAAGAAACUUUAACUGACUAUAGAUACAUGCCAGAGUCUGAUUUACCACCAUUACUAUUAACAAAAAAACAUAUUACCAAAAUAUUUGAUUCUUUACCAGAAUUACCAGACAAUAAGAAGAAAAGAUUGUUGGAGCAAUAUAAUUUAUCAAUACAUGAAGUAUCAAAGAAUCGUAAUUCACAACAUGUCAUAAAUUUUAUUAUACAUGAAUUGUUUGGAGUUUUAAACCUUAAAGGAUUAAAGUUUUAUCAGAAUCCUGUUUUAAUUGAGCAACUUGGCUCUUUAAUUGAUUGUGUUAACAAUAACGAAAUAUCCGGUAAGAUUGCUAGAAAAGUUUUAAUGAUGAUGGUUGAUGGUGAUACACGUCUACCAAAAGAUAUCAUCAUUGAAAAAAGUUGGCAACAAUUAAGUGAUAUUGAUGAACUAGAGAAAUUAUGUAAAUCAGUUUUAAAGGAAAAUCCAAAUUUGGUGAUGGAAAUAAAAGUAAAAGAAAAAGAAAAUCUAAUCCAAUAUUUUAUUGAAUCAUCUGCAGUAACAAAGGGUGUUUCCCCAACUGCUGAUGGGAUUGUAUCAUUUGUAUUACACAUCAGUAAUGUGAAGCUUGCUUGGCUGAUGAAUAUUGAAACUAAGUAUGAACUUGUAUCUACAAAUGAUACUCAUUUCCAAGCUUAA